UUUUGAGAAAUGGAUUUCAGUGCAGAAUUCUGCUGGAGUAGCACUACUAAUUGGUGCAUUUUGAAAAAAACAUGUUUUCCCAUGACAGUAUCCCUUUAACUUUGUUAGGGGCUAAGGGUUUUCAUAAUAAAUGUUUAACUUAAACCUCAAAAUUCUGUAAUAGAGUGGUGUGGUAGUUCUCUAUGUAGUGCCGCUGCCUUGCAGUGCUCAGUGUAUGGGUUCGAAUCCAACCUGGUCAUUACCUGCAAGUAGUUGUAUGUUCCCCUGUGGUUUUUCACCUGGUACUCUGGUGUCCUCACCUACACCUUUAAACACAGGCAGGUUAAUUGUGUUAAUUUGAUUGAAUCAUUAAGCUUCAUUGGGACGGGGGUUUUUUUGUGAACAAUUUCUGUAAAGCACUGCAUAAACAUAUCAACAGUAUAUUAAUAAAGAAAACCAGCAGUCUGCUGCAAGCACUUUACUGUAAGCUGUUGUGUCAGGUGUAGGCAAUGUUAGUUUUGUGCCACACAUUGGCUUUAAUAGUCAGAAAUCUGUAUUUCCUGUUCCUUUCACAUGGCAGUGGGCACACAAAGGUUAAUCCCUCCUGUCGUGAGAAAGGCACAGGAAGUGACGAAUAAAAGGACUUCCCCCAGCUCUGGCGCCCAUUCUUUUUCUUCCUGUCAUGCAAUACCCCCACAAUGUACCAGCAGAGCCGCUCUCCUCUGUUUGAAGCUCCUCUGGCCGAGAUACAGGUUCUCAUGUGAGCCGCAGGAGAAGCCGGCGGGCUUAUGGCCAUCCGUUGCCUGCAGCGCUGUAAGUCGCAAUGCCGAUCUUCGGACGGCGCAUGCGCAAUAAGACGCUGAUGCGCCCUAUGACGUCACGCCUAACCCGGAAGCAUGUGCGCACUUCCUGGUAAGAUUUAAAGGGACGGGAGGCGUGGUAUAGACAAACAUUUCAACCAUUUUAUGCUGUUUUUUGUCUGGCGUCUUACUGCUGUUAAAAAGAAGCAGAGUGCUGGAAGUAGUGCAUUGCUGGUCCCAGGUGUAAGUAGUUACCUGUGGAUAUGGAUUAAAUCACGCUGGGAGCUCAGGUUUGUUAAAAUGACUAACCUGUGGUGUGCAUAUCUCUUGCAGGCUGUCUGUAAUGAGUCACAGGCGUUCACACUCAGGCUCAAGGGGGAGCCCAUCACAGGAAAAUCAGCCAGAAAGAGGUAAAAGUUCCAGACGGGAGUGUACAGCAUGUGGUGAACCAGCCAUGCUGGAUAAAAGGCUGUGCAAAAAAUGCCUAAUGGAGGCUAGCAAUCCUCCCAUAGAACAACUGAAUAACAUGAUGGACUGGAUGCAAUCCACCUUCAAGCAAUCCAUGGCUACUAUGGUAGAUGAAGUCACGGGUAAAGUAAUGCAUAAUCUGAGUAAACAAGGAUGCAUACCUGCUGCCAGUGCAGGUACGACAGCCGGAUCAUCUAGAACAGUACAAGAAAGAGACUCUAUUUCCUCUGAAGGGGAAAUAUCAGAAACAGAUACAGAUGAAGCAGAGGAAUCGGCUUUCAAUAUUGAUUUUAUUGAGCCUCUAAUAAGACACAUGAGAAUCACACUAGACUUAGAUGAAGAUGAACAGAUACCCAAACAAGAUAAAAUGUUCAGAUCUAGAGUAAAGAAAACACAGGUGUUUCCGGUCCAUGAUGUGAUUGCUAGCAUGAUCAAUGCCGAAUGGGAAAUCCCUGACAGAAAAAUGGGGGAAUCUAAGAGGUUUAACAGAAUGUUUCCUUUUUCAGAAAAAGAUGUGAAAUCAUGGAAUGCUGUGCCCAAAGUAGAUGCGGCAAUCACCAGAGUGGCUAGACGAACAACACUGCCCGUAGAUGAGGGGGUUUCCCUCAAAGAUGCCAUGGAAAGAAGGCAAGAUGCCAUUCUAAAGAAGCUGUACCUUGCAGGAGGAAAGGCUUGCAAAACAACGGUAGCAACCACAUCACUCACUAGAGCCAACAGCAUUUGGAUAUCUGAGGUAGAGAAAGCAGUUAAAGAAGGAGCAGAUCAAGAUAAAAUUCUGGACAUAAUUCAAGACAUUAAAACAGCAAACAAUUUUGCUUCUGAAGCCUCCCUUGAGGGAGCAAGGGUGGCAGCCAGAUCCAUGGGCCUUGCAGUUGCAGCCAGACGAGCACUGUGGUUGCGUCAUUGGCACGCGGACUCUCAGUCCAAGCAUAACCUCUGCUCCCUGCCAUUUAAAGGAGAAUUCCUUUUUGGGGAACGUUUAGAUCAAAUAAUCUCCAAGGCGUCAGUGGGAAAAUCGGCUUUUUUGCCGCAAGAUCGUAAGGAUAGAAGGAAUUUCAGAAAUCAGAAACCAUCAUUCCGGGAUACCAAACAAUACAAACCAGGAAAGCCCUUUGUCCAUCAGCCCUGGAGAUCCAGGUUUCGUAACCAAGACAAAAGAGAUCAGAAACCUGAGAAGAAAACAGCAUGAAGGUGCGCGAGCCCCUCUGGCCCAAGUAGGUGGCAGAUUAAGGGCGUUUGGGACAGUGUGGGCUCAACAUAUACAAGAUUCCUGGGUCAUCAAUACGAUUGUGGAAGGUUAUGCAUUGGAACUGAUGAAUAUACCCCAAAGAAAAUUUGUGUCAUCAGACAGACAGAGAUCAGACCAAGACAGAGAAUGUCUCCAAUCGGUCAUCAUGGAUCUCUUGGACAAGGGGGUCAUAGAGGAAGUUCCAAAAAGAAGUCAUUUUUCAGGAAUAUAUUCCCAUUUAUUUCUCAGACAGAAACACAACGGUUUGAUUCGAGUAAUACUCAACUUGAAAAGUCUCAAUCAAAAUCUCCAUGUAAGAACAUUCAAAAUGGAAUCCAUCAGAACAAUUACGAUGCAUAUCUGCCAUGGAGAUUGGAUGGCAAAGAUCGACCUGAUGGACGCCUACCUUCAUAUUCCCAUAUGGGAACCACACAGGAAAUUUCUGCGUUUCUUCAUUUUGGGGAAACAUUUUCAAUACAAGACAGUCCCUUUCGGGUUGGCGACAGGUCCCAGGGUAUUCACAAAGAUCUUGGCACCUCUUUUAGCACACCUCCGUAUGAAAGGAAUUCAGAUCUUUGCUUAUCUAGACGAUCUGUUCAUAAAAGCUUCUUCAUGCCAGUUGCUGACCGAGCACUUAAGGAUUGUGGUAACCACUCUACAGAGUUGGGGCUGGUUAAUAAAUUGGGAAAAGUCACUUCUGACCCCAACUCAAGAAAUAUUGUUCUUAGGAACAACGAUCAACACACAAGAAGGCCAUCUGAGACUCCCCCUAGAAAAAAUACCGGAUAUUCAAUAUCAAGUACAGCAGAUUUGCGCAAAACACAAAGUUUCAGUGAAAUUCUGCCAGCAAGUCCUCGGGAAACUGAGCUCUACAAUAGACUCGGUCAAAUGGGGAAGGAUUCAUACGAGAACACUACAGAUGGAAUUCCUAACACAAUGGAGCAAGGGCCAUCCAGAAUCAAACCAGACCAUUUCUUUAUCAGAGAAAACUAUACUAUCCCUAGCUUGGUGGUUAAAAGAAGACAACUUGAAAAAACCAAUAUCUUUCAUGCCAAAGAUCAUGGAGACAGUCACAACGGAUGCCAGCAGAAUAGGCUGGGGAGCACAUUGCAGGAGACAAACGUGCCAAGGAAUUUGGUCCAAGGAAGACAGCAAAAAGAGCUCCAACUGGAGAGAAUUGAAAGCAGUCCUACUAAGCCUGAUAAGAUUCCACGAAAUAGUCAGAGGAAAAGAAGUCCAGAUAAAGUCAGACAACCUUACUGUGGUCAAUUACAUAAACAAGCAAGGGGGCACCAAAUCAAAAACCUUAUUGACCACGACCAUAGCUAUUUUUUCGUGGGCGGAAGAGAACCUAAUAGGUCUAUCGGCCUGUUACAUACCGGGAGUCCAGAACUGCCUAGCAGAUCAGCUCAGCAGGAAAUUCCCGACAGUGGGAGAAUGGGAACUCAGUCAAGAAAUUUUCAAUCUGAUCAACAACAAGUGGGGUCCCUUCUCCAUAGACCUGAUGGCAACAUCUCAGAACAAGAAGAUCGCGACAUUUUGUUCUUGGGGAAAGAACAGUCAAACGAUAUUUUGGGAUGCCUUUUCCUUCCCAUGGAAAUUUCGAAUGGCUUACAUCUUUCCACCUCUAGCGGUGAUUCCGAAAGUCCUCAAGAAAAUCAGGACAGACAAGGCAAAUGUGGUCAUUGUGACACCUUGGUGGCCCAGAAGAGCUUGGUUUCCAACACUGAUGGAGCUCAAACAGGAGGAGCCAUUCCACCUUCCAAUAGUUCCAACUGUUCUCCACCAGGGAAUGGUGUUACAUCCGAACCCAGGCCGUUGGGCCUUAGCAGCCUGGAAACUGAAAGGCUAAAGCUUAAUCGGUUGGGAUUAUCAGACUCCACAGUAUCUACUAUCUUAGCCUCAAAGAAAAAAUCGACACACCUAAAGUACGCCAGAACUUGGGAGGUCUUUAUUGAUUGGUGCAAAGCAAGAGGUCAUGACCCUCUCAGAAUAUCUGAAGUCACCAUCAUAGAAUUUCUACAAGCAGGCGUAGAACGCAAUUUAAGUAUUUCUACACUUAAAGGACAGGUGACGGCGAUUUCAGCACACACUGACUUUCACUGGGCUUCGGGUAUCCUAUUGAAAAGAUUUUUUCAGGGAUUGAAAAAACUUUGCCCUAUCAUCAGAUCAGAAGUUCCACCUUGGGACCUAUCGUUGGUCUUAAAAGCGUUAAUGGAACACACUUUUGAACCAUUAGAGGAAGCAUCUUUAAAAAAUCUGUGCCUCAAAACAGUAUUCUUGUUAGCAAUCACAUCUGCCAGAAGGGUAGGAGAAUUGCAGGCAUUAUCAAUUAAAUCGUCUAAGCUAUCCUUCUUUCCAGACAAGGUGGUACUCAGAACGGAAGAUAGAUUCAUACCCAAAGUACCAUCUAGAUUUCAUCAGCAACAGGAACUGAUCUUACCUGCAUUCUAUCCGGAACCACAAAAUCAACAAGAAGAAAAGCUUCACUCCUUGGAUGUAGUCAGAUGCUUACGAAUUUACCUUGAGAAAGUGGCAACUUUCAGAAAAACAGAUUACCUUUUGGUGACCAUUGGAAGUAAUAAUUCAGGAAACAGAGCUGCUAAAAGCACGAUUGCAAGAUGGUUGAAGCAGUGCAUCGUAACAGCAUAUUCAUUACAGUCAGCACCUGAACCAGCACCUAAAGCACACUCCAUCAGAGGGAUGGCAGCUUCCUGGGCACUCAGAGCCCAGGUAUCAGCAGAAGAAAUCUGCAGAGCGGCCACUUGGUCAUCUAUUUGCACUUUUUCCAAACAUUACAAGUUUGAUACAUAUUCUAAGGAUCUAGCCUGUUUUGGGCAUUCAAUUUUGGAGGCGGCUACUGCUGAAUAAAUGUAUAAUUGCAUUACUUGGUCUAUGUUUGUUUUGUCCCUCCCUAAAUGCUUAGCUUGUUAAGUCCCUUUGUGUGCCCACUGCCAUGUGAAAGGAACAGGAAAACUGAAAAUCAUAUCAUACUUACCGAGAUUUUCAUUUCCUGGACUGAAACAUGGCAGUGGGCAGGGGCUUCCCUCCCAGGGGUAUUGUAAUCAGUCAGAAAGAAUGGGCGCCAGAGCUGGGGGAAGUCCUUUUAUUCGUCACUUCCUGUGCCUUUCUCACGACAGGAGGGAUUAACCUUUGUGUGCCCACUGCCAUGUUUCAGUCCAGGAAAUGAAAAUCUCGGUAAGUAUGAUAUGAUUUUCAGUUAUCUGGAUUUUGUAUAUCAAAAAAAGCUAAAUUAU